AUGUCGGGGGGCAAACCGCUCCCCCCUGGUUGGAGACUCAGAGUGUGUUCAAUAGGGGCAUACUUUGCCCAUGAGAAGUCACAGGUCACGACCUUCUAUGACCCCAGAACCGGAAUAUCUACAGUGACUGGCGACAAAGAGAUGCCUCACUUGCGACAUCUGAAGAACUUCAGCUGGAAACUGUACGAGUUCCAGUGCAUGUGCUACCAGAACUGCGCAGUUGGCAAAUUGGAGUUGAAGUUGGGAAGACAGAGUGUGUUUGAUGACUCAUUCGACCAGCUGAUGAAGAAGGAGAGAAGUGAGCUGAGGAAGGGGCUGAAGGUGUUUUUUGAGGACGAGGAGGCAAGAGACUACGGCGGACUGUCACGUGAGUGGUUCCUCCUUCUGUCACGUGACCUACUCAACCCCCUGUACUGUCUAUUCGAGUAUGCCAACACACAGACAUACCUGCUCAGAAUUAGCCCCCUGUCCUACAUGAACCCACUUCAUUUGAGGUGUUUUAAGUUCGUCGGGAGGGUCGUUGGCUUGGCCCUGUUCAACUACAAAUUCAUAGACUGCAGUUUCACGAUGCCGUUCUACAAAAGGGAUUCUAAUAGGAUUCUCAAGCGACCUUUGACCCUGCAUGACCUCGAGUCAGUUGACCCCGAAUUCUACAAUUCAGUUCUUUUCAUCAGUGAGAUGGAUUUGGACGAGCUGGAAGACAUGCACUUGCACUUUGUUCACUCUUUCUCAGAGUUCGGUCAAGUUCAUGAAGUGGAAUUGAAGGACGGGGGAGCAGGGCUCUUGGUCACCGAAAUUAACAAGGAUGAAUACAUUCAGCUGUUGGUUGAAGCUAGAGUUAACAGAGGCGUGACGGCUCAGGCUGCUGCUUUCCUAACAGGAUUCGAGGAGGUUAUUUCGUUGGGAUGGCUGAAGUAUUUCGACGAGCGGGAACUGGAGGUGAUGCUGUGUGGGGUGCAGGAAAUAGACUUAGAGGACUGGAGAGAGAACACGGAGUACAGGACAUACGAGCCCACAGACAAACAGAUCAUCUGGUUUUGGGACUUCGUCUAUGAGAUGAACAAUGACGAGCGAAUUCGUCUUCUCCAGUUUGUCACAGGAACUUGUCGUAUUCCACUCGGGGGAUUCAAAGACUUAAUGGGAAACACAUUUCCUCACAAGUUCUGCAUUGAGAGGAUGGGGGAUAACCAGAACAGUCUGCCCAAAUCACACACAUGUUUCAAUAGACUAGAUUUGCCAGCUUACGAGAGCUAUGAACUGCUGAAGAUGAAGCUUCUCUUUGCGGUCGAAGAAACGGAAGGAUUCGGAAUGGAAUGA